AUGUCGACCUCCAAGAUUCAUCAAGUCUCACACCCGCUGCUCAAGACUCAGAUAGCCAAUCUCAGGCUGGCCAGCACCAAUUCCAAGGAGUUCAGGUCGCUCGUGGCGAACAUCUCGACGAUCUUGGCAGUCGAGGCAACGCGAGAGUGGGAUUGCAAGCUCGUCGAGGGGCAAGGUCCUCUGGCAGAAUUCGAGGGAGAAGCCCUCAAGGAAAGGAUCGGGCUGGUCCCAAUUCUGAGGGCUGGCUUGGGCAUGGUUGAUGCAACGCUGUCGCUUCUUCCUGAAGACACAUCGGUGCUUCACAUCGGCCUUUUUCGAGAAAAAGUCUCGCUCCAACCGGUCGAGUACUACAGCAAGCUCCCGUCCGAGACGACGGUCGACCGCGUCGUGAUUCUUGAUCCGCUCGUUGCGACCGGUGGUACCUCGAUCGCCUGUGUCGGCAUGAUCAAGGACUGGGGCAUUCCCGUGGAAAAGAUUCAGCUCAUCUGCAUCCUCGGCUCCCAGCCUGGUCUCGAGGCCGUCUCCAAGGCCUACCCCGGUCUCGACAUUUGGGUCGGUGCCGUGGACCCUCAACUGAGUGACAAGGGCCUCAUCCUUCCGGGGCUCGGAGAUACCGGCGACCGACUUUUCAACACUCUGUAACCGAGAGCAAGGUCAUAAUAGAAACAGGAAGUGAUCAAAGGGACAUUGGCAUUCUACCUCAUUGGGGCACUGUGAGCUCGACGAUGGGCGCAAGUAUGCGCAUUUUUGCAAAUGAUCUACAAAUACAGUGUGGGUGGGG